AUGUUUUUUGCGCAAAUGUUUUGCUAUGAUCCAGAGCUAAUGAAACAACUGAACUGGCUGCAUAAGUGUGAGCUAGACCUCAACUUGCUUGAUUUUCCUUCCAUUAUUUUGAUUUUUUUCUCCAGCUCUCAUCGUGUGAAGUGGAAUGAGGACAAUCUGUAUGAGAUUGAAUCAAACAAGCCAGUGCGGCAGAAGAUAGCCGAGCCCAAGACACCGUAUCACCCUAUGAUGGAUGAUGAUGGGUCACUAUCACCAACACACCCUUUCGACAAGUGUCUAGAUGCGACUGUUAGUGCAGAAGAUAUAUUAACUGCUUUAAAUGGUGUGGCCUCUUCAAGUAAAAAUGAUUCAAAGGAUGAUGAGUGGGCAUCCUCAGAUGAUGACGCAGAUGCCAUAGAACAUGAUGGUGACUCAGAAGCUGACAAAUCAUCAGUGAGUUUCAAGGAGCACCACCGCAAUCACUACCAUGAAUUCCGCAAGGUCAAGGAACUGACGCGCACUGGAUCCCUGGUUGAAGAUGGGGCCCGUGCGAAUGAGCGAACUGCAAACAACGUCGAAGACAAAACCGCACGAGAGAAGGCAACAGGCGACAAGAGUGAAUCGUCAACAUCACCUCAAGUAUGA